UUUUCAGGCUGCGGCGCAGAGAGGCCAGGCUCAAAGGGCAGGAGGGCCGUCUGCAGGCAGCGCCGCCGCGGCUACCUGGAAGCCCAGCAAGUCACCUGAGUCCUGCGGCUGCCUGGGCUGCCAAUCUGCAGCGACCCGUCCGCAGCCCCCGGGGGCAGGAACACCAGCCCCGGGACAGGAGGACGUCCUCGGCCCGCUGACUAGGGAUCCGCCAGCGGGUGCCACUGAGCCACAUCCCCACAGUUGGCGCCCGCAUCCAGGUACCGCGCGCCACAGCACCUGCCUGGGCGUUCCCGCGCUUGGGGCGGGGCUUCCCGCGUCCCCUUUAAGAGGCCGCAUCACCCGCCCUUGACGUCAGAGUGUUUCUCCGCAAGAGCCCGUGUCCCGCUAGGCUCCGCGCCCUCGCGCCCACAGCCCCGGCGGCGGCACGACCAGCGGCGGCCAGGCGAGCGCGCCGCCCCGCUCGGCACUACCGUCCCGCUCCGCCGCCUCCCUCCCGUACGGCAGCCGCCAGCGCGGCCUCCUGCACCAUGUCGGUGGCCGGCCUCAAGAAGCAGUUCCAUAAAGCCACUCAGAAAGUGAGUGAGAAGGUUGGAGGAGCUGAAGGAACCAAGCUAGAUGAUGACUUCAAAGAGAUGGAAAGGAAAGUGGAUGUCACCAGCAGGGCUGUAAUGGAGAUAAUGACUAAAACAAUUGAAUACCUUCAACCCAAUCCAGCUUCCAGAGCUAAGCUCAGCAUGAUCAACACCAUGUCAAAAAUCCGUGGCCAGGAGAAGGGGCCAGGCUAUCCUCAGGCAGAGGCGCUGCUGGCGGAGGCCAUGCUCAAAUUUGGAAGAGAGCUUGGAGAUGAUUGCAACUUUGGCCCAGCACUUGGUGAGGUCGGGGAGGCCAUGCGGGAACUGUCGGAGGUCAAAGACUCUUUGGACAUAGAAGUGAAGCAGAACUUCAUUGACCCUCUUCAGAAUCUUCAUGACAAAGAUCUUAGGGAAAUUCAACAUCAUCUAAAGAAGUUGGAGGGUCGACGCCUGGAUUUUGAUUAUAAGAAGAAACGACAAGGCAAGAUUCCAGAUGAAGAGCUUCGUCAAGCUCUAGAGAAAUUUGAUGAGUCUAAGGAAAUUGCUGAGUCAAGCAUGUUCAAUCUCUUGGAGAUGGAUAUUGAACAAGUGAGCCAGCUCUCUGCACUUGUGCAAGCUCAGCUGGAGUACCACAAGCAGGCAGUCCAGAUCCUGCAGCAAGUCACGGUCAGACUGGAAGAAAGAAUAAGACAGGCUUCAUCUCAGCCUAGAAGGGAAUAUCAACCUAAACCACGAAUGAGCCUGGAGUUUCCAACUGGAGACAGUACUCAGCCCAAUGGGGGUCUCUCCCACACAGGCACUCCCAAACCUUCAGGUGUCCAAAUGGAUCAGCCCUGCUGCCGAGCUCUGUACGACUUUGAACCUGAAAAUGAAGGGGAGUUGGGAUUUAAAGAGGGCGAUAUCAUCACACUCACUAACCAAAUUGAUGAGAACUGGUAUGAGGGGAUGCUGCAUGGCCAUUCAGGCUUCUUCCCCAUCAAUUAUGUGGAAAUUCUGGUUGCCCUGCCCCAUUAGGAUGUUAUGCUGGCUGGCUCGCCUCCUCUUGACCCAGAUAGUUACGGUUAACCACUGCUUUGGCAAUGCUGCUUAUAACACAUCCGAAGUGCAGGCCGCAGUGGUCCACGUCAUCCAGCCCCACCAAGUGACUUUGGUUGACUUGUGGGCUCCCACAGGAGUCAUGGUGAUGGAUGAUAUCCUCUUAGCCUGGUGGGCAUGGCAUGUGCUUUUUAAAACAUCAUCUGAGACCAGCCAGUAGUCACAGAACUGCUGUUUACACAGUUCUCAGGAGGCUGUGGUUUCUUAGAAUAUGACCAUGAGCCAUUUCACAGAAAAACCAUCCCACCGAAGAUAUUGUCUAUCACCCCAGGGGCCAUCUGAAGGUCUCUUUGCAUUUCUCCAUGCAAAGAGGAGAAAGCUUUUGCUUUCACACUGUCCCUUCCCAAAUAUGUGAGUCAUGGAAUUGUCAAAGUAAGCCUUCCCUCACCAGCAAAUUGUCUCCUGAUCUGAAUGAAUUUGUCUCUUAAUGCAUCCAUAGAAAAGUGUUAAUUGUGGGUUCAAAGCAUUCUCUGCAAAUAGGCAUCUCAGCUCCUCACACUUAUGGCUAUUUCUGACGUAUAGCCAGUUUUCUUCCUUCCUUGCUAUUAAAGCCAGAGCGGCAAUUCCAAAUUAUUUUUCAGUAAGACAGUUAAUCAGCAUUAUUGUGAGAGGGACUGAAAAGAAAUUCUCCAUUAUGAGGAAUUGGGAAGAAAUCUGGUAUCCAAGCUUAAAUUUCUUGCUAUACAGAAACUAUGUAUGUAUUUAGGCUAUUUCUGAAGGGCACAGGGAAGGGGGAACAAAUAUCUUCACUUCAGUUUUAUUUGUGAAUUACAUGUUUCAUGAAUCCAUUUGGCACAGAGACACAAGGAAGAAAACACUAGUAACCAUCUUUCCGCUAGUUCAUAGACUGAGAAACAGUAAAUACCUUUCCUUUCCACUUUUACCCUGUGUUCUUUGAACAUCAUUUGUGCAGAUUCUGCCCUCAAUGAGGACCAAAUAAAGAUGAUUUUUGUGCUUAGCAGUUUAAGGUAUAUGGCUGCAUAUGCAAAACUCUUUCCCAAUUCAGUCGCUACUUUUACUUCUGCCCCUUCUAUCCAUCGUCUUCAUUUUGUGUGUACAGUGCUGUGUGUAAGCGUAUCAGUGUGUUUUUUUUAUUUGUAUCAGUCAUGAAAGUCCUGUUAGGUAUCCAGAGUUCUAUUUAUCUAGCUGUACAGUCUCUUUCAGAGGUUUAACGUGCUGCUUCCGAUGUGCCACCUGCAGUAGUGGAUCAUGUGGAGUGAAAGGCAAAUCUUACUGCUUAAUGUAUAAACUCUCACCACAGGAAGCAUCGCUGUUUCCAAUAAAUAUUGCUGAAGACAGAACCAAAGGCUCUGCUCCUUCAUUUUGUGUCAGUUCUUUGGGUCUAACAAUGGGUGGAUGGGGGCUGGUUUCAGUCUCCAUUGCUUUCUCAUGCAGCCAAACAAGACCUGGCUCCAACUUCGUAUCUAUCUGUUUACACGUAGGAAAAGUUUCAGCAGCAAGGAAGUAGCUAGCCUGGACAUUGGGACCUUCCUGGUAACCCCAGGAAGGAGGAGAAUUUGGGAGAGAAGAAAGUAAGGAGAAUUAGGUCUCAUAGAUGUUAAAUGAUAUAUUGUUAAAAGUGGUAUCAUCUGAAGAAUAUAAUGUUAGGGAGGGGAAAUAAAAUAUAUCUCUUCAAGUAGCCUCUUAUUUUCUUUCAUAAUUGAAGAUAAAGAAAUAGACAUGGAAAUAUAGUUUGAUCGAAAGCCACUAUUAGGCCAGGUGCAGUGGCUCACACCUGUAAUCCCAGCACUUUGAGAGGCCAAUGCAGGCGGAUCAACUGAGGUCAGGAGUUCGAGACCAGCCUGGCCAACAUGGAAAAAUCUCGUCUCUGCUAAAAAUACAAAAAUCAGCUGGGCGUGGUGGUGCAUGCCUGUAAUCUCAGCUACUCAGAAGACUGAGGCACGAGAAUCACUUGAACCUGGGAGGCAGAGGUUGCAGUAAGCCGAGAUCACGCCACAGCACUCCAGCCUAGGGUGACAGAGUAAGACGCUGCCUCCAAAAAAAAAAAAAAAAAAAAGGCCAGUAUUAUUUUCUCUUGAUGUAUAUGUUUGGGGUGUGGGUGGGAAUAGGGGAGCAGCAAGGCACACAGAAUGUGUAUUUUCUGAGUUCCCAGGAAAAUAAACAUGUUCUUUGUGUAUUAGGGGCCAUUUCUAUUAUUUUGUGCUGAGGCCAAUAGUCCAGAUUUUCUAAUCUAACAUGAAUAGUUGUAAUUAAAUAUACUAAGUUUCUGUUAGUCCAUUUUCAUACUGCUAUGAAGAAAUACUUGAGACUGGGUAAUUUAUAAAGGAAGAGGUUUAAUGGACUCGCAGUUCCACUUGGCUGGGGAGGCCUCACAAUCAUGGUGGAAGGUGAAGGAGGAACAAAUGUACGUCUUAUAUGGUGACAGGCAAGAGAGCGUGUGCAGGGAAAUUGCCUUUUAUGAAACCAUCAGAUCUCAUGAGACUUAUUCACUAUCAGGAGAACAGCAUGGGAAAACCCACCCCCAUGAUUCAAUUACCAAUUACCUCCCACCUGGUCCCUCCCACAACAUGUGGGGAUUAUGGGAACUACAAUUGAAGAUGAGAUUUGUGUGGAGACACAGCCAAACGAUAUCAAAGUUCUAUAUGUGAACUAGUCUAACGUGAAAAUAUUUUUUUCUAGCUGUAUGAGUUCUAGAGUAUUACAGAUCAAUUCUCUAAAGCAAUUUUAAGAAAUACCAAUGAUAUUGUGACUAUAGAAAAUCAUAAAGAAUCCAAAGAUAAACUAUUAGAAAAAUCAGUGAAUUUAAUAGGAUCACUAGAUAUGAGGAAUAUACAAAAAUCUAUUUCUAUAUAUCAAUAACAAUCAGAAAAAAUGCAAUUUAAAAAAAUGUCAUUCACAAAGGCAUCAGAAAUCAAAACCGGCCGGGCCCGGUGGCUCACGCCUGUAAUCCCAGCACUUUGGGAGGCCGAGGCGGGUGGAUCACGAGGUCAGGAGAUCGAGAUCAUCCUCGCUAACACGGUGAAACCCUAUCUGUACUAAAAAUACAAAAAAUUAGCCGGGUGUGGUGGCGAGUGCCUGCAGUUGCAGCUACUCAGGAGGCUGAGGUAGGAGAAUGGCCUGAACCCAGGAGGCGGAGCUUGCAAUGAGCCAAAAUCACACCACUACACUCCAGCCUGGGUGACAGAGUGAGACUCCGUCUCAAAAAAAAAAAAAAAAAAACUCAAAA